UCAAAUGCUGUAAUGUCAACUUGUUUUUAAGGUUAAGUUUCAUAGUACUGUGAAAUAUUAAAUAAAAUGCGCCUAGGCCUCGUUAUAUGGGCUGGAUUUAAGCUUCAGUGCCGGACGUGUGUACAAAAUCGACUUAUGUAUGUAUGUUCGUCCAAUCCAAAACAAUAUAAAUUUAUUCCACCAUUUAAUGAGCUGGUUGGUAAAGUACCAUCAUUUCAGAACUUAGAGGUAACGUCUAGGUUAACUUAUUCAACACAAAGUAGGCCUAGCAAUUUUAAUCCAGCUAAUGAUAAAAGUAGCCUAGAAAAUGCUAAACCUGACCAAACGAAAAAGAAAAAAGAAUUGAAAGUUUAUAUUUCUUUAUUAGCAUCAGAUGGAAACUUUAUUUCUGUCACAACCAUAGAAGAAGCCACAAAAUUAGCAAAAAGAAGAAAUAUGAGACUUAGCAAGGAAAUGGAUUAUGACCCAAAAACGGGAAGAGCUGUUUACAAGUUAGUGACAGAGUCUGAAUAUCUAAAAGGAGAUACUGAUUGGGGGGAUUCAAAAUCAAGAAAAGAAAAGGGGAAAUCCACUAAGGGAGAUAAAGUAGUGUCUUUAACAAGUUCAACUGCUGAACACGAUGUGUUGAUAAAGGUCAAAAUGAUGCUAAAAUGGUUAGAGAAGAGACAUGAAGUCAAAGUAGUCAUAACGGGUGAUUCAAAAAAUGGGGAAAAUGUUUUCAAAAUUAUUGAAAGAGAAAUUAGUAUUAAUGGAAGAAUAGUUCAGAAACGAAGUAAGGGCCCAGAUAUACGUUUUCAAAUACUUCCACCGAAGAAAACUGAAACUCCAAAAAAGAUUGAUAGUUCAAGAAAUACAGAACAACAGGGUGAGGAAACCAAAGGUGUUAAAAACGGAACUUAACACCAGUGGAGUGUUUUGUGUUGUCUUACUUGAAAAAUAACAAAAGUUCCUGUAACAAGUUCGGCCACAAGUAACAGGUAGAGAAAAUUU